AUGAGUUCCUACCAGCAGAAGCAACCCUUUGUCCCACCUCCUCAACCUCAGGAGAAGCAGAUGAAACAACCCUCCCAACCUCCACCACAAGCGCAAUUUGUUCCCGUAAACACGGAGCCAGGCAACCAAAAUAUUCCACAACCUGGAAAUACCAAGAUUCCAGAGCCAUGCCAUACCAAAGUUCCUGAGUCAGGCUAUACCAAGGUCCCAGACCAGGGAGACACGGUAGUUCCUGAGCCAGGCUGCACCACAGUCUCUAGGCCAGGCACUACCAGCAUUGUUGAGCCAGGCUGCACCACAGUCUCUGGGCCAUGCAGUACCAAUAUUGUUGAGCCAGGCUGCACCACAGUCUCUCAACCAGGGUAUACCAAGGUUCCUGAGCAGGGCUACUCCAAAGUACCAGAGCCAAGCCAGUCUAAGGUUUCUGAGGUCUACCCCUCAGUGGUCACCUCAGGCCAAGCUCAGAAGACCAAGCAGAAGUAA